GGCAACACAUAAAAACCAUGCAGCGGAGGUUUGGGUGGGCUGGUGCGACCUUGUGGGUUGUCAUGGCGGCACUGGCGUGCGAGGAGGCAGGUUGCCUGGAUGCCAGGCGAGUCACUUUGAGUCUCCCGCAGAUCGACAUGCUCAAGGACGCUGUCUUGAGAUGCCAACCCCGGCACUCAGUCGAUGCCCGCGGGCUGUCGCUGCGAGGAGGAGCACAAUCGGACAUCAUUGAGGAGGCGUUCAAGGAGAUGAAAGGGGAGGUGUUCACUAGAAACGACCCUGGAAAGUUCAAGGGGAAGGAAGACAAGCACGUCCCCGUCCUCUCACGUCACGACGACGGGGUUCGAGUUGAGGUCAUGCACGUAAUGGAUGAAGACGGCCCGGACACAACGCUGCACUACAUCAGGUUGAUCUGGAUCCAGGAUGCUGACAGUGGAGACAUCCUCGAUGCAAAGUUCCUGACUGCUGACAUGGACUCAGCUACCGCAGACUUCAAAGGAGACUACCAGAAUAGGAAGCUGGUCGCUUACGCUACAUGUAACCUUCAUGGCACCUGGGCCAGUGAGGCUAGCUCGAAUUGAAGCGAAUGAUUCACAGCAUUGUAUUUGAGAUGAUGCUUGUUGAUGGCACGUUCGAGUCAUUGUAUCUCAGCCUAUUCAAAGGUUUAAAGAAUUUAGCAAUACAAAGUAUAUCAUCGC